AUAAAAAAAAUUAUUUUUCAUACUAAAGCAUCAUAUUUGGAAUGUAAUCACAAAUUUUAUAGCUUUUUGAGUUUAGCCAAAGCUUAAAAAAUUCUAGAUUCGAAACUCAAUGUAAAUAAAAAUCAUACUUGCGGUCGGUAAUUGUUCUCCAAGGAUACACCAGGCAUUAAUGAAGCCGAGUGUACUGAUUGUUAUGACGCCGUUUAAUUCUAUACUUUGUAGUAAACGUUGCCAGAUUUUAAACGUUCUAAUGGCGGUAUAGAUAGCGGAAAUACUAGAUUGAAUGGUUGGGAUCAAGUAAUAAUAAUAAUAAUUUACAUGUUCAAUUUUAAACUUAAAUAUUUAUUUUAAAACCUUGGUGACUUUAGUUUUUAUUUAUUUUGAGAAAUAAAAAAAAGAAUAUAUUUAGUAAAUUUCAAAUUUUUGAUUUCAAGUUAUUUUUUGCAACAUCCCAAGUACUGUCAUUUUCUUCAGGAUUAGGACAUUUCCGGGGAUGAAAAAUUUUUCAAGAAACCAACGUUUUUCUUACUGCAUUGUAGUUUCGACCUUACCGUUCUGUGCCAGUACAAUAGAGAAUCCUCAGAAGACUGAUUUUUCGAAACAUCUAGUACUUACAUUAUAAUAAAUAUAUAAAAAUGUGUAUGUACAAGCGUCGAUCUUAUUGUGAACAAGUGUAUUAAUGCAAUGUCCGAUUCGAAUUUGGAUAAACAGGACACAUUGAGUCCAAAUCUUUCAAAUAAUUUACGAAGAUUUCGAUUUCAGAAAAAACCAAUUGAAAAACUCAAAAUGUCUGAUGACGAUAGUAAUCUAGUAGGCUCAGAUACUCAAAUCCGUAGAAAAGUAGUAAAUCGCAUUGAAGACAGUGAUAGCGAUGUAGGAUCACCCAUCAAGUUGAAAACAUCCGACUCAGAUGGAGAUGAAACCAAAGAGAAGGAUAGAAAAUUGCAGUACCUGAUUAAAUUACAUCCAAAUCAUGACACAGAUAAAAUUCAAGAAAUAUUAAACAACACCAAUUGGGAUUUGGAUCUAGCAAAAAACAAGUUACAAAAUAAUAAAAAGAGACCAUUAAAAAGUUCUCACAAAUCAAAAAACAAAAAGCCUAGAAAAGAUUAUGAUGAUGAUGAUGAUGGUGAUGCUGACUCUGAUGAAGCUACUUAUAAAAAUAAAGUUUUUGAUAGUGAUGAAGAUUCUGAUGUAGAGAUAUCGAAUGAAUUAACAGGUGAUAAAAAAGCAGUAUUAAAUUUCAUGCAAACUGCAAUGAUGUCAGAAUUACUACUUAUGAGUCAAUGCUCUCAAAAAAAAGCUCAAGCAAUCAUUGAUUCAAGACCAUUCGAAGACUGGCGUGAUUUAAUAGAAAAAUUUCAACAUACAAAGUAUCUGGAUACAGAAUUACUUAAUUCAGCACAAGUUUUAUUAGCUACUCGAUCAGCAGUCGAUAGUUUGAUGAAAAAAUGUCUCAGGCUUUCGGCAAAUAUGGAAAAAGCUGUAGCUGCUGGUGCUUCUAUGAUAAAAGAACAGCCAAAAGCUUUGGCUUCUGGCUUAAAAUUAGCUCCUUAUCAAAUGGUUGGCCUUAAUUGGCUAGCUGUGAUGCAUUCUCAAAAUGUUAAUGGAAUUCUUGCUGAUGAAAUGGGUUUAGGAAAAACUGUUCAAGUUAUUGCUUUUUUAACAUAUUUAAAAGAAGCUCAAUUAAUUGGAGAGAAUGAUGGUCCUCAUUUAAUUGUUGUUCCUAGCUCUACGAUAGAAAAUUGGAGUAAUGAAUUAGAACGUUGGUCACCAAAUUUGAAGGCAGUUCAGUAUUACGGUUCUCAAGAAGAAAGGAAAGACAUACGAAUGGGUUGGCGCAACGGUGAUCUCGACGAUGUUGAUGUAAUUUUAACAACCUAUAAUCUUGUUAGCAGUACUCCCGAAGAACGUAAAUUAUUCAGAAUUAUGCCAAUUACGUAUGUUAUUUUCGAUGAAGCUCAUAUGCUAAAGAAUAUGGGUACUGUUCGAUACACAAAUCUUGUGAGGAUUAAUGCCAAGCAUCGAAUCCUUCUUACUGGAACUCCUUUACAAAACAAUCUUCUGGAACUUAUGUCUCUUCUAAUUUUUGUUAUGCCGUCGUUGUUUGCAGGAAAACAAAAUGAUUUGAAGAGCCUGUUUUCUAAGACUCCAAAACUUGCUGGAGAUAAUCGAGAUAAGCCUCUUUUUGAACAAGAGCAAGUAAAAAAUGCUAAAUUAAUCAUGAAACCUUUUUUUCUACGUCGAUUAAAAUCUCAAGUAUUAAAAGACUUACCGAUCAAGACUGAGAAGAUAAUAAAAUGUAGUUUAGUGAAAAAACAACGAGAAAUGUAUAAACAAUUGAUGGUACAAUUCUCAGAAGCAAAUUAUAGUGAAGAUUCGGGAGUUUCCAUGAUGAUGAAAUUGAGAAAGCUUGCUAACCAUCCAUUACUUAUGAGAGAUUAUUAUGAUGAAGAAAAAGUUCAUGCAAUGGCUAAAAAAUUAUCAAAAGAUCCAUCUUAUAAGCAGAAAAAUUCUCAGUAUAUUUUUGAAGAACUUGUUUUACUUUCUGAUUAUCAAUUAAAUCAGUUGACUAGAGUUCACAAGUGUCUUGCUGGUCAAGGAUUACCUCAAGAAUUAAUUCCUAUAUCUGGAAAGUUAAAAACUCUUGAUGAACUAUUACCUCAGCUGAAAGAAGAUGAACAUAGGGUCUUAAUUUUUAGUCAAUUUACAAUGAUGUUAGAUAUCCUAGAGGAAUACUUGACAAUUAGAGGCUACACAUUUUAUAGAUUGGAUGGUCAAACACCAGUGAUAGAAAGGCAAGCUUUGAUUGACGAAUUUACACAAGAUUCAUCGAUAUUUAUCUUUCUUUUAUCAACUAAAGCUGGUGGUCUCGGUAUUAAUCUUACAGCAGCAGAUACUGUAAUUAUUCAUGAUAUUGAUUUUAAUCCAUACAAUGACAAGCAAGCUGAAGAUCGUUGUCAUCGUGUUGGCCAAACUCAACCAGUAAGCAUAGUUCGAUUAUUAGGAGAAGGUACGAUUGAAGAAGAAAUGUAUCAGAUUACACAAGAAAAACUAAAUUUAGAAGCACAAGUUACUGGUAACGAAGAAACAGAAAAUACUGAUAAAAAGAGUGUUUUAAGAUUGCUCAAAAUGACUUUAGGAAUUGAUCUCAACAAAUCACAAUCAUUGUCACCAACAAAAAGUCCAAAUAUAUCAGUUAAUGGUUUUCAUGGAUAAAUUUUCAAUUUUACAUUUUUUACAAAUUUUCAAUAAUACAUAUGUGGCUAGCUCACUAGUGGGAAAAGUAAUUAUCUUAAUGUGUGAAACACUAUUUUUAUGAAUUGGAUUAUAUGUUAACUUGGGAUAAAUUUAAAAAUAGUCAUCGACAAUUUAAUAAUUACAAUAAACUUGUUUGUGAGAUA